GUUUGAAUAUAUCUGAUGUAAACAGAUCUAGCUAAAAUCAAAGAACUAAUCUGGUAAUCGCGGCAGUAGACUAGGCUAAAGCUCUAUUCAACUCUAUUGGAAUAAAAACAUAUAAUCGGAUUAUUAAAUUUAAGUUUCAACAAAAAAUACCGGUAGACCAAAAUACCAAUAUGUCUUUAGAAACGGUUCCAAAAGAUAUGAGAAACCUCAGAGCAUGUUUACUAUGUUCUCUUGUGAAGGUAGGUAGGCGAAAAAUUAAAAGAGCAGUCACUUUCAGUAAGGCAAGGCCUAUUUUAUUUUAAAUAUUUUUUUUAUGCCUUCCGUCUGCCUUUGUUUCUUUUAUGCCCCAUAUACUACUAACUAUUCUAUACUAAUAUUGGUUGUCAAUUUUAUUUAUAAUAAUUUAGUUUUUAGCCUGCCUUUGUCAGCUAUGCAAUGCCUAAAUUAAUUAGUUUUAAUAGUUUAAGUAGUAAUAUUACUAAUACUACUAUUAUUACACUACUUCUAUGUGAUAUAUAAGGUUUUUUAAACAAUAGGCCUAACCAUUUAAAUUAAAUAGCACUUCCAACAGUAACAACAUGAUAUUUUUAAUAACCGACACUCAAAUGGUAAAUGGUAGAAGAUUACCUAAAAUUCACAACUCAAAAACUACUAAAGCUAGAAAUUGGUCUUGGAUAAAAUGCAAAGAGCGCGGGAAUAAUGCGGCUCGCAUUGUUCUUCGUAAAAGCAAAUUCGACCAUGCUAAAACACUUCUGAGAGAGCUGCAUAGGCUGCUGGUCCGUGCUUGCAUAGAGUACAAAAUUGCUACUCUGUGCUACUGCUGCUUGCAUGACCUGGUGCUGUCCUAUCUCAAAGUGCUCAUUGACGCCUUAUGUACCCUCUAGACAACUCUGCUCAUCCGAUAGUGGCAAAGUCUCGAUACCGCUUGUUCGCCUUGAGACUUAAGGAAGGCACAGUUUUGCAUUUGCAGCCCAACAAUUUGGAACACCCUUCCUGUCGCUCUCAGAAACAGUCAGACACUGGAAUCCUUCAAAACCUAUUUGAAAAUACAUCUAUUUCGCAAAAAUCUGCUGGGGUGAUGUUGUCUACCAUCUUUUCCAGCUAGCUAUUAACUCAUAGAUGUAUAUUAGCUUGUGUUGUUUAUAGUUGAAAGGAAUGAAAGACUUUGAAUGGGCAUGCUCGUUUGUAGUUUUUUAGUGCUGCGUUUUGUGUUUUUAAUGUGGUAAAAUAUAGAUUGUUCCAUUUCUCUUUUAAUAUGGUUGACUUUGUACCACGCUUCGAGGCUUUGGGGAUGAAACAUGAUUUUUGUAAAAAUAAACUUUAUUAUUAUUUAAAAUAUAUAUUCUAUAAAACUAAUAUGUUUUAAAAUUUAAUUUUUUUUUUUACCAAAGCCAGUUUAGGCUUAAGCCUAUGUAAAUGUAAGGAAGGAAGCAUUGCACUCUAACAAUUGCUGUAUUAUGGUUAGGGGUAUUUUUGCCCUACUCAACACAGCCUAUAAUAUGUAUAACCUACAAAAAAUUUUGGUGAACUCCUUUUAAAAUAUUCUUCACGCCUAGGGGAUAUUUAGAUUGGCCAAAUCUGUAGGCUGAUAUGUCUUAUUUAUAAUGAUUAAAAAUCUCAUUUAAAUUAAAUAGGCUAUAGGCGCAUAGGAUUCUAGCUUAUUUGAGAACAAUUUUAAAAUUAAUUUUAACUUAUAAUCUUCUUCUAUAUUUUGAGGGCCCACGAUUAAUGUAUUGAUCAUUCUGGCUCCUGUUUCAGAGGGGUUCGCGAUGUAACUGUGCAUGGUUUUGAAGGGGAUACGUCACUGGUCGCUACUCAGCGAUGGUAUUAUGAACUGGGGGUUGGAAGACAGGAGGCAAUAGACACAAAUUUUUCAAGUGUAGUCACCUCAACUGUUGCUUUUGGAAGCUUGUUCCAGUCCCUGAUUGUCAUUGGCAGGAAUGAGGAGUUCCUGUACUGAGUUCUUGUUUUUAUGAGCCGGAACUGCCUGUCAUAGCCUCGUCACUGUCUAAGGGGGAGAGGGGCGAGUUUCUGUUUAAUGUUGAGGUGGUGGACCAGCCCAUUUUUUAAGUGUAGUUAAGGGGCCUAAGCUCAUGUAUUUUUAACAUUUCAGACGUUUGAGCAAUUUGAACUUGACGGUUGCGAAAAUUGUGAGGAAUUUUUGCAUAUGAAAAAUAACAGGGAUGCUGUGUAUGAGUGCACUAGUGCCAAUUUUGAUGGGUAAGUUGGUUUUUUUUUUGUGAGUCUUUCUUAUUUAUUUUCUUAUAACUUUAUAUGGCUAGCUUACAAUAUAUGUUUAAUUGAUUCAUCAGCAGAAAGGGUAAAAUGAGAGGUAUAGCAUCUCAAUGCCAGGAUAGGUAUGUCAGAAACUAAUAUAGCAUUCGUAAGCCUGGAGUUAACAACUAUUUCAACAAAUGUUGUUCUUCUCAUGGUACCACUGGCAUUUCUUAUUUUGCCCUCAGCAUUAUAAUUGCACAUCAGUAUGGGUCUCGAGCGUAUUGGGCUGAAUUAGUCGUGACAGGAGUAGAUCACAUGAAAAUAUUGGGAUACCUCUGUGUAACAGGACCAAGCAUUUAAUGCAGUUCGAUUUAUGUACCCUGGUUAAUGCAUUAUAGCAGGCUCGACUGUACUUUAUUUUUCAAUGUGAAUUUUCUUCAGAAGCAAUUUCUCUAGUUAAUUACUGUAGUGUUGUUAUUAAAAUGGUUUUGUUGUUCCUUUUUAUGUGCAUCUCUUUUACCUACAGGCUAAUAUCUAUGAUGAGUCCUGAAGACAGUUGGGUUGCUAAAUGGCAGAGAAUAGGUGAGAUUUUUCCAAGAUCAAUCUUAAAUAUGUGACCCUAUUCAUGUAAUAUUAAUUCAGCUAAGGCAGUGGUCGGCAAACUCGUUAGUCAAAAGAGCCUAAAAUGAACAGCAGGACGAUUUAAAAAGUUUUGAGAGCCAAUUUUAUUUUCAAGAACCUGUCAAGAACCAAGUUUUUCGGAGUCAAAACCGAUUUGUGGCUGACUAAAGAGCCGCGAUUUGCAGACCACUGAGCUCAGGCAACAGCUUUGUAUUAUUUGGUAGCACUUUUGUGAUGAUGGUGUCUUUUAAUCAGUAACAUUUCAACCUUUCAUUCCAGAGAGGUUCACAAAGGGAUGCUAUGCUAUCUCAGUGACUGGCCAUUUACCCCCUGGAAUUGUUAGGGAUCUCAGGGCUAAAGGAAGGGUCUACAACUCAAGAGAUGUCAGUGAAAGAACUUAGCAUCUAAAUCCAGUUACCUUUGAAAGUUUAGUUGUGUAUGGAUCUUGGUAAAACAGAGACUUCUGUGAGUUGGAAGAGCAUGUGGAUCACUUGAAUAAAAUGUUCAAGUAUGAAUGAGAAGCAAAUGAAAGUUGUUUUUAAUCUGAGGGGUGCAUGUUUAAUAUGACAGCUGAGAAGAUAUCAUGGUCUGAUGUUGAUAUGUUUGCUAAGGGAGCACAGAGAAUAUAGCUCAGUUUAUUUGUUUGGAAAGUGUGUGUUAUCCAUUGUUGCAAUGUAUAUACAUGUUCCAUUUCCAUUGUUUAAUUUUAAUUCAAACUGAAUAUUGAAAUUAAAAGCUUGAUGAAAUACAUUUGUCAUCAUAAAUGUUGGACAAUUAUGCAAAUUAAUUUCUUUUUGGAAAUGUUUGUUGUUUCUGUGGAUUGUAUGCAAGUUAAUUUUAAAUUGAAUUAAUCAAUUAUUGAGAAAUAAAAAUUCAUUUAUUUUUAUUGUGACCAUAGUUUUAAUUAACAAUUUGAUAUUUAAAAACUUUUUAUACCAGUAUCAAUUAGAACAUCAAUACAAUU